UUGUCGAUGUGACGCACCAAUCAUCUUGCGACAGUUUGACCUUCAAGUGCUCGCAACCUCCACCAGUGAACGGUACCCCUGAAGCGUUGCCUGAGAGCGUUGUGAUGUAAUAGGCUUACUUAAGCGAUUUCCCAAGAAUUUAGUAAGUACCUAGGACAAACAUCUGAAACCUAAUAAUAAUUGACUGACGAGCUGUUACGUGAAACCUACCGUUACAUCGUUAAUACAUCAGAACUCGUUCUUUCUCGUAAUUCGGCUACUUCGUGUUCAUUGAGUCAUCGUUCGUGUAUCCGUAAUAGACUGCUGAACCACCAAACGUACUUCAGUCUUUCCCCACAGUUUACCGAAAACAACUUACUUUUCAGCUUACUCAGAUGGUCACUGUGGACUUUUUAAGUACAUUCUCUCGGCUUCCUAAACUUAUCGUGUUCGAUCUCGACUUCACUCUAUGGCCUCUGUGGUGCGACACUCACGUUUAUCCUCCAUUCAUACGAAAAAAUAACACUGUAUACGAUGCUAGUGAGAGACGAGUUGAUGUCUACUCAGAUGCGCAAGUAAUAUUGAGGAUGAUCAAAGAGUCCCCGAAAAUUAAAUUGGGAUGUGCUUCGCGUACUUCUGCUGUCAAUGUUGCUCGACAACUUCUACAAGCUCUUAAUUGGUCGGAUUUAUUUGAUUACACAGAAAUCUACCCUGGGUCUAAAACUGCUCACUUUAAGAGAUUUCAUGAAUUAUCUGGUAUAGACUAUGCGGACAUGUUAUUUUUCGAUGAUGAAACUCGUAAUAUUCUUGAAAUUUCCAAAUUAGGUGUACAAUGUCAUUUAGUUCAACAUGGAAUAACAUUAAAUCUCUUAGAGGAUGCAUUAAGAAAAUUUCAACAACAAAGAAGAAUUCAUGAAUAUUUAAAUUAACUAACCUAUUAAUUGUAGUUAUUCCAUAAAUGCAAAAUUAUUAUUAUUAUUU